CGAGGGAGUGCAAUAAAAAGUGGCGGCAAGGUAGCAGCGCGCCGCGCCGGUGACCGCGCUCAUUAAAUCGUCGCGCUCUGAUAACCCGCGCUCGGCGCUGCACCCGCCACCGCCGCCGCCAGCGACCACGCAGCGCCUCGCCUACUGCUAGCGUACAUGAGAAUGCAGUUAUAUUACUUUAUGUACACGAUCGCUACUACAAAUAACAGCUUUACCUUAACCGUACUACAUAUACAAAUGGCGUUCUUGAUGAACGAGUACUUAACGUCGGAGACAGCCCGGGACGCGCUGCUCGCUGCAACUCCGCAGCUCAAACUACUGAAUCGGGUUAGCAAAACAUGGAAUGUUUCGCAUGGAAAUAUCCUCGGCCCUACAGAUGGUGUGUACACGGUUCACUGGAGAGUUAACAAACUUGUGCCGGGUGUCCCGUUGUACGGAAUCGUACUGUACUGCGUGGCAACAGGGCGGUGUGAGCGGCGGCGCGGCAGCGGUGCGAGCGGCGGCGGCACGAGUCGCGCUGAUUGCUAAUACAAUGUGUCAACGCGGCCGCACACCGGCGCAGCGGCGCGCUCUCCGCACGCUACUUGCCGCCUGUCUGCUCCUCAAUACGAGUACAGCUCUCGAUUAGAAUGCAAACCUACCCACCACCGGCACCCGCAUCAACACACAUUAUGAUUUCAAAACUUUCACAUUGUACUGCCGUUAUAUUCACAUUUAAA